GUUUGAAUUUUCAGCUAUACUGCCCCCUAGUGUACGGAAGAUGCAUUUGCCUCAUCUCAUAGGUGAUCCAGGAGUGACGUCUUAAGUACAGGUUAACAAGUCCCGUGGGUGACGGUGAGGGACAGGAGGGGGUGGUAUCUUAUUUCCUAUAAGAAGCAUUUGUAUAUUCGAGCUGUUUUGCUCCCUGCAGGUUGUAGUUCUUGUAGUCGAGUAAAUACUUGGAAAAUACUUUUUAUUUUUUUUUCUUAAUAAACCAGUCAGAAGAAGGCGAGCGAGUACAUUCUGGAGGAACCUGUAACCCUGGUGGUUUUGCUCGUACAGACAAACAGGAAGUAACUCUUGCACGUUGCUCUGCAACUAUUCUUUUUUUUUUUUUCUUUUAAGUUUUUAAGCGGCUUGCAGCCAUAUUUUAGUAGCUGCGAGUGGAGGGGGGGGUCAGUGGCUUCCAUGAAUGGCGUCCUCCAGUGAAAGCCUCCAGUCCGCCGGGACGUCCUCAGCCCUGCAGAAACUAGAAGGUUUUGCAAACAGAUUGUUCAGUCGAAAUGGAAAGAGCAGUGCCCAGGAGCAGAAGGCGGCCCUAGAGAGCGAGGGCCAGCUGGUGUCUGAGAGCACCUUACUAUGGGACCGCACAAUGAAAGAGUUUCUAGCCAAAGCCAAAGAAGACUUUUUAAGAAAAUGGGAAAGUCCACCCCAGAACACAGCCAGCCUAGAUGACUUCGAGAGGAUAAAAACCUUGGGCACGGGCUCGUUCGGAAGAGUAAUGUUAGUGAAACAUAAAGGAGCCGAUCAGUAUUACGCCAUGAAGAUUCUGGAUAAACAGAAGGUGGUGAAACUGAAGCAGAUAGAACACACCCUCAAUGAGAAAAGGAUAUUACAAGCCGUCAACUUCCCUUUCCUGGUGAGGUUGGAGUAUUCAUUCAAGGAUAAUUCAAAUUUAUAUAUGGUUAUGGAAUAUGUGCCUGGGGGUGAAAUGUUCUCACAUCUAAGAAGAAUCGGCAGGUUCAGCGAGCCCCACGCGCGGUUCUAUGCAGCUCAGAUAGUUUUAACAUUCGAGUACCUCCAUUCGUUAGACCUCAUCUACAGAGAUCUCAAGCCAGAAAAUCUCUUAAUCGACCAACAAGGAUAUAUUCAGGUCACAGACUUUGGGUUUGCCAAGCGAGUAAAGGGAAGAACUUGGACAUUAUGUGGAACCCCAGAAUACCUGGCACCAGAAAUUAUUUUGAGCAAGGGCUAUAACAAAGCAGUUGACUGGUGGGCAUUAGGUGUGUUAAUCUAUGAAAUGGCGGCUGGUUAUCCUCCAUUUUUUGCCGAUCAGCCCAUUCAAAUAUAUGAAAAAAUUGUUUCAGGAAAGGUACGGUUUCCAUCCCACUUCAGUUCAGAUCUUAAAGACUUACUAAGGAACUUGCUGCAGGUAGAUCUGACCAAACGAUACGGGAAUCUGAAGAACGGGGUCAACGAUAUCAAGAACCACAAGUGGUUUGCCACUACAGAUUGGAUUGCAAUCUACCAGAGAAAGGUGGAAGCUCCGUUCAUACCAAAGUGCAGAGGGCCCGGAGACACCAGCAACUUUGACGACUACGAGGAGGAGGACAUCCGCGUGUCUCUCACCGAGAAAUGUGCAAAAGAAUUUGCUGACUUUUAGGAUGAGGCGUGUUAGGACGACAAUGCCAUCAGGGCUCACAUUUUGGGAUCUUUGCACUCUGUUUUCAGAUGGGGUGGAGCUGAAACCAUCUUAUGUCAAGAGUUACCUUCAUUCCGCAAAGCUGACUGAAGUCUAGAGCGCCAUCUUCCAUGCGUGCACUUUGCACCAAACCUUCUACCCCCGGCACGGCAGAGCUGUCUGUGCCGUAACGCAGAAUACUAGACCACUGAUCUUGUUUUUGUUUCUCCUUUAUCCAGUUUUUUUUGUUUUUAGUUUUUUUGUUCUGCGUAUGAUUUUUCCCUUCCACCACCUCACUGUUUUUAAGUAGUAUUUUACCUAUUUACACUCCCUUUUACUUUGGAAAUGUGUUAUAUGUGUGACUGCUACGGGAGAUGUUGCACUUAGUAACGUAUAGAAUGCAGAACUUGUUGCCUCCAGUCUGUGCCACUGUAAAGGAAGAAAAAAAAUUUAGAUUUUUUUUUUAUUUUUUCUUUUAUUUUUUCUUUUCUUUUUCUUUUUUUUCUUUUUUUUCUCUACUUCGCCACAGGUACAGGUUACAUUUCAGUACAUAGUUGUUACAAUCUCGGGGGUCAUACACCUACCAACAUCUUAAUAAAGGUAACCUCUUCCUUGAGAUUGACCAUUAUUAGGCAGAUGUCAAUAGAAGUGCAACAUUUUGGUUAGCCAGACUCCCCCGUGCCUUGUUUUUUUUUUUUUUUUUUUUUUUAUUAAUUUUUUUUUUUUGUAGGCUGCCCUCCCUAUGAACACAAUUUAUUUUUAAUUUAAAAAAAAAUUUCUAACUAUUAUUAUUUCAACAGAAUGUUUUUGUUACCUGACAAGGCAGUAUAUAGCGUUGGCACAUCUCCAGGCGAUAUAUAUCCAGGCCGCUCUUGUUCAGACUUCAACCACGUCACUUAAUGUUCGAGUUACGUUUUAAAAAAAUUCCGCCUGCUCCGCUGUCUCUUACAGAUUCCAGUCAGUAUUUUUUUUUUUUAACAGAACGUAUUAAAUAAAAAUGUGACAACACAAUAACUCCUUUACUAGCUAUCUUUUUGGC